UCUUCUAUUCAUAUAAAAGAAAGGACCCAACUGUGUCACAUCAAAAGUUUUUGUACAUCCGAGGAAGAAACAUGAAGGUCCUUAUCAUUUUAUCCGUUGUGGUUGCAUCAUUCGCUAGUUUGGAGCCUGCUGAGUACCGACCACCAGCUUCAUCCUAUUCGGCUCAUUAUUUACCUCCGAAUGAACUGAAUGCCCCGGCUGCGGUUCCCUCAUUCCAAUACUUGCCUGUCAAUCGGUACAGAGCUCCUCAAAAUGUAUUACCAACCUCCCAGUAUCUACCACCAGUGCGGCAAAGUGUACUGACUCCUUCUGUCUCACGAACCACCUACCUUCCCAUUCCCAGUCAUCAAAGCCGCAUACCGACUCUUCCAUCUACAAACUAUCUAACAGCAAACCGACAGACACCCCCUCCUUUUUCAGCAACGUCAACCCCCUUUUCCUCGACGAUUCCGAACCAAACUUUACGUCAUGGAGUUUCUGCACCCUCAAACGUCUACCUGCCAGGUAAUCGCUUCCCUGGAUUCGGACAAAGUUCUUCGUCCUUUGGCAAAUCCUUCGCUGGACCAAUUCCAUCUUUGAUCCCACCGGUGGUUGCUAGAGCACAGGCAAGCCAGUACCUUCCACCGAAUCAGUUUGGCAGCUCAAAGAGUUCUGGAUACGAUUAUAAUGCUAUUGAUGUUACAACGCCAGCGAAAUACGAUUUCGAGUACAGUGUUAACGACGAGUACGGGAACGACUUCGGUCACAAAGAAAGGCGCAGUGGUGACACAACCGAGGGCGUAUAUACGGUACUUUUACCCGACGGUAGAAAGCAAACUGUCCAUUAUCGCGCGGAUCAGAACGGCUUCCAGCCGAGAAUCUCGUACGAGGAGACCAGGUCAGGCUCCAAUGGCUACAAUAAUGCUAACAAGGGAUAUCAUUCCGAAGGGCCAUACUAGACUGAUAAAAAAGAUACGAUCUCCAAGACAGCAAUGAAAUGUACUCAAAAGGUGUAUCUGAUAACCAAAAGUAAUUCAAUCGUAACGACCGUACGGAUGUAAAAUCUCCUAAAGGUUCUAAAAUUUUAUGAUUUCAGACAGCGGACUCUUUUCAGAAAUUCAAAAUAUUCUCAAUAUCAGUGGUAUAUAUUUAAAAAAAUAGUAUGGAAAUAGGGUCAGGAAGAUUCUUUAAAUAUUAUAUCGCGGAUUUGUCUGUUUUUGUUAUCUGAUAUGCAAAGUAUAUCUCCCAUAAAAUUUGGUCUAUAUUUUUCGAAUCUGUUUGAAUACUCGAAAAGCUUUGAAAUCUGUUCAAAUUGAUUCAGAAACCCCUGAAAUUUUCUAUUGUGAUCUUCUAAGAAUUAUAGAAAAACGCAUAAAUUUGCUUAAAUCCCUUAGAAUAGGUGUAAUGGCUUACAAUCUUAGGAAUAAUUUUGAAAUUCUAUGUCCCUUAAAUCUGGUCAAAUUGUUUGAAAUCUCUGAAAUUCAUAGAAAUUUCUGGAAUGCCCUUGAAAUGUAAUUACAUUAAAUUUAUUCUCUGAAGUUAUCUAGUAAUUCAUUGGAAUCC